UUCCUGUCUUUGUGGGAAAAAGGGCGGAAAAAAGUCCGGCCCUUUUUAAGUUUGUCAUGAUUUUUAUUUUUGGAAUCGACUGACCAAAAUCCACUCAUAUUCACUGUAUCAAUUUUUCGGGCAGAGUAAGCCUCGACAAACCCCUUUUUAAUUAAUUUCUUUUUCUUUCAUUUUUUAUCCAGCAAUUUUUUAACCUACUUUUCAUUUUUGACCUUUAAAACUAGAGCAAAUUUUGAAUACAUGACAAGCGUCUUUGGCAAGCUUCAAGCUCUAGUCAGCAACGUUGUCAGCACUCCUGCCCAGCAGCCAUCACCACACAAACACCAGCAGACGUUGUCGUCCUCGCCGACGCCCGAUGGAACCCCCGCAGCCAGCCCGCAUCAGCCGGCCAAGCUGAGCGAAACCACAUCCACGAUGACUGUGGUCACUGAAAGCGUCGGUUUGUCCGGCGACACGCUCCGGGUAUCGACCCACGGACGGCCUCGGCGACAAACCGACGCCUCGAUGACCAGCGUCGCCAGUGCAGGUACUAAUACUGGUGCUGGCGCGGACACAAACACAUCGACCGUGCGGCAGCAGGACAUUGAUAAGCUGCUGCCCUACCGGAUGCCCGACCUGGAGCGAAUCUCACGGCUGCACCCUGUCAGCAAAAUGCUGCAACAGGACUCAUGGGACUGUGGGCUUGCCUGCGUGUGUAUGAUUUUGAGGUCCUUUGGACAGGCCACCUGCUCGAUUUCGCAGCUGGCCAGGCAGGCCAAGACGGACUCUGUCUGGACUAUCGACCUUGUCUACCUCUUGCAUCAAAAUUUAAACGCAGACUUUACGUAUUACACAAAGUGCGCUGGGAUCAACCCCGAGUAUGCCAGCCAUGCGUUCUACCAGGAGGGGCUGGAUGAGGAUGAGGACAGGGUGCAGAAACUGUUCAACCAGGCGCAGGCUGAUCAGGCAAUCCGGAUAGUCGAAAUUGUCAUCCCACUUAUCGACCUCAAGCGCUUCCUGGUUCACCGCCAAUACGUGGCAAUUUUGCUUGUGGACAAGGCUGUGCUCAAGUGCGUCUCCUGCGAAAUGGCGCGCCAGGCGUCGGCCGCUGCCGCUAAGCGCCUGACUGCUCAUGGGCGCAGCCGAUCGGUUAACAUUUUUCGCUCAAACACGAGUGCUUCGGAAUCCACUGUGUCUGGUCCAAAGUCUGCGGCGGGCGAGCGCACGGGCAUGUUGUCGUGGUUUUCGCGCAAGCGGCAGAUGAAGGACGGAUAUUUGGGCCACUACAUUCUGCUCAUUGCUUAUAUUCCGUCCCUGGACAUGUUUCUAUUUAGGGACCCCGGAAUUCCAGAGGAGUUUUGCAUGGCCUCAGCAACAAUGAUCAAUACUGCGCGCAAUCGUCCGGGCACUGAUGCCGACUGUGUCAUUCUCAAACUGUAAUACAUUAUACUCACUCCCUUCUUUUUUAGAUAUCCUGUUCACUAUCAUAUUUGUUUGUUAUUUUUUUUACAAGUGAUAAUGGC